GUGCCUGCACAACAGCCCUCGACGCGCACAGCAUCCGCACAGCGACGACGCAUCACAAGCACAGCGCUAGCGCAGCAGGCAACCACGAGCACAGUCCUGAGCGUACUUACGCUGCUGCGCACGGUCCCUUCACGGCUCGCAGUUUGUUUGCUACGCCAAAUCCUAUCAGCGUUGAGCGCAAUAAGCUGACCAGCACAAUGUCUGCACCCUCUUCACUCUGCAGCAACAAGGUGGAGGGUCCGAGCAGCACGAGCAGCAGUAACGGGAUGGACAAACUGCGGCGGAGUUUCCGCGACAGCUUCCGCAAGAAGAAGAGCAGCAGCGCCUCCGACGGCAGCAAGCCCCAGCUGUGGCAGCAUGACGAGGCCGCCGUGCGUGCUGCCACCUGCGCCUUCCCCGUCAAGCGUCGCGGCGGCGGCCCAUCAGAGGGACGCUGCACGUCUCCGGCGACGGCCUCAGAGUCGUGGACGACGAGACCAAGGGUUUGCUGGUGGACCAGACCAUCGAGAAGGUCUCCUUCUGCGCGCCCGACCGCAACCAUGAGCGCGGUUUCUCCUACAUCUGUCGUGACGGCACGACACGGCGCUGGAUGUGCCACGGCUUCGUGGCCAUCAAGGAGACGGGUGAGCGGCUGAGUCACGCGGUUGGGUGCGCCUUCGCUGCGUGUUUGGACCGCAAGCAGCAGCGGGACAAGCAGUGCGGGGUGACCAUGACCUACGACCCCAGCAGCGCCGCCUUCACCCGCAUGGGCAGCUUCAAACAAAUGAGCAUCACCGAGCGUCUCGCUGACCCACAGGAGUGCAAACCCAGCAACAACGGGCUGACGUCGCCCACCUCGUCCGUGGGGGGCAGCAAGCCCGUCCUCCCCCACGCCAUCGAGCGCCCCCACGCCACCCCCUUCCUGCUGCAGCGCCAGGGCUCCUGCCGCGCCUUCCAGCACCUCAACCAGGCGUCGCCCUUCAAGCGUCAGUUGUCCCUGCGUCUCAACGACCUGCCGUCCAACAUCGAGCGCCAGCGGGACGGCGUCCACAUCACCGGCGUCCCUCGUCCUGCCGUCCCUCCUGCAGUGCCGCCAAUACCAGAGGACGCGGCUGACCCUGUCAGCGCCAUGUGCCAGCAGCUGUCCCAGGAGCUGUCAAUUAUGUCGUCUGUCACCGCUCCUGUCACCAGCAACACCUUUACCCACCUGCCCACUCAUACUGUUGUGGCGCCCUCGGUAGCGCCCAUACGGGAGGAGGUGACGGUGGGGGAUUUUGAAGCCCCAGUAAGGGGCGGGGCGCCGCCCGUUGGGGGCGAGACGACGUCCAAGGCGGAAGCUUGGCUGGCGCAGUUCAGCGCAACGUCCCGGCCCGUCCACGGCGUCCACGCGCCUGCCCCUGGGAACACCGCACCCCAGCGACGCAACCCUCCGAUGUCGCAGCUCAGGGCCAACACCGUCGCUACGUCACAAGCCCAACAAGUCUGGACCUCACCCCCUCCCAACCCCACUCCCGCCGUAGCCCCUCUCAUUCCACUCUCCCCACAAUCCUCAAAUUUCCCCUCAAACAACUUUUCGACUACGCUCCCCACCAACGCCAGCCCCGACCCCUUCGGCUGGUCUACCUCUUCCCCUCAUCCCCCCACCAUUGCUCCCCCGCCUUUAAACCCUAACAACCCCUUCCUUCCAACCCCCUCCAAGGCCUUCGAGGUUCACAUGUAGCCCCGAGGGUGUGCUCCCCUUGGGGAUGAGGUGGGGUUGGGAUGACAUAUUCAGGAGUACGUCGUGGGGAUGAAAAUACACCCAACGGUGGUUGCCUCCCCCUCCCCGCCUCCAGCAUGUACAUAUAUUGUAGGGAUGUACUCGAGGAAGGCAGUCCACGCGAGUCUAUGUUGUCUUAGUUUGUACAUGUGCGCUCAAGUGCACCAUUAUCAGGUGCAUUAGUAUCGGGUGCACCAAUAUAAGGUGCAACAGUACCAAGUGCACUAGUAUCAGGUGCACCAGUACCAAGUGCACCAGUACCAAGUACACCAGUAUCAGGUGCACCAGUACCUAGUGCACCAGUACCAAGUACCUACACCAGUAUCAGGUGCACCAGUACCAAGUGCAGCAGGAUCUGGUGCACCAGUACCAAGUGCACUAGUAUCAGGUGCACGUGUAUCAGGUGCACCAGUAUCAGGUGCACCACUUCAUCUCCAUUCCGAACCGCAUUCCGUGCACUGCCAGUCUCCCACGUUUGUAUUUCUUUGUAUAUUUUGUGUUUUGCUGUCUGUGUUCCUUUGACCAUCAUGCAUAUAAGACACACAUGCUUAGCCAGUCCCUUGUGUGGGGUUUGAGGAUGUAUAUCUCUGUAUAUCUCGUGUUGCUGCCUGUGUUUUUCAAAUCAAACGCAAUGGCUCAUGUCCUUUGCUUGAUCAGAAUGCUUGACUUCGUUGGUACAUAUCGUGGCAUGUUCAUCUGUACAUAUGUACAGCACAUUUAAGCCGCCAUGCAUGUUCAUCUGUGCAUAUGUACAGCCCACACCUGCUACGGCAAUAAUCAUUACAAUUAGCACAGUGUGUGGAGUAGCAAAUGGCUUUCUAAACGCCGGCAAGUCUCGUGUAUAUUACUGUAGUUGAAAACAGUAUAUAAUGUAUGUCGCUUUCAGCGCACGAUUAUUACGAAUAAAGCUGUAUUUCCUGUAGAAUUUUAACGAUGAAUUAUUAAUAAUAAUACAUGACGUGUGUUGAAUUGCUGGCGUGAGUGCGAUUAGGCGCGUUGCCUUCAGCUUUGUGGUCUCUCAGCUUUGUGGUUCCUCAGCUUAGUGGUCUCUGAGCCGUAUGAUGAGAUGUAUGUGAUGUCAAGCUGAAAGAUGUAACAUCUCUGGUGCGCGUCUCGUGUAGCGUCCGCGUCACAAUAAACGUAGCAAAGCU